UCGACUUCUGCUCUUCGAGGGAGCACCCUCUAAACCUACUAGAUUUCUGGAUUGUCUCCCCUUGCUUCAAGAGUCAAACUCGCCGCCCUCGUCAUCUAAACCAUCAAAAUGGCGGAUCCAGGCUUCGCCCCAACCCCCUCUCCUCAACCUGAUCUCCAUCGAAACCGACUACCGACCCUCUUUGAGGUCCUGAGCCGGCGUACCCUCCCACCGGUUGAUCUAUUCUCCUUCUACAUUUACAUGCGAGACCAGCAACGCUCUGUGGACUACCUAGACUUCUGGCUCGAUGUUGCUCAGCACAUGUCGCUUUGCCGUCACUAUGUACGCGAACUCCGACGGUCAGUCCUCGUGGGAACACCCGACCCGGAUCGAUCAGGCUCUAGGCGUUCGUCCGCCAUCUUGGAUGGGAUGGGCGAGAUGAAUCACCCGGCUGCUGGACCGUCCAUGUAUGCCACGGAGAAGGAGAGAGACCAAGAUGCCCAGAUGUCUGCAUUCCUCCGCGAAGACAGGGGAGGAACACACGACUCUCCGCAUAGCAGUAACGGCCGAAUGCGGAGACCAAGUACGACCACGAGCACCCCCCGUGAUCUCACGACUGAUUCGAAUUCGCCAGCGCAUAUGGUAGCACGGCAGGAUAUUCGGGCGUCGGCCGAGAAGAUUCUCUACACCUUCUUGCUCCCCGGCGCUGAGCGGGAGAUUACGCUCCCCGGGUCGAUUACUCAAGAUGUCACGACUUCGAUUGAGGAGUUCGGACGCGACGACCCCGAGGUCUUUGACGUGGCUAAGGACUACGUCUUCCAGGCCAUGGAGCGAGACGCCUUCCCCGGUUUCCUGAGAAUGAAGGCGCUUGGGAACGUGAUUCCGCCAACACUGAUCUUGAGACUCAUUGUUGGUCUGCUGUCGAUGUUUGGGGGUUUCUGGACCGCCUUCGUCCUCGUCUUCCUCGACGCCUCAAGGCAACGGAGGCUCUGGCUGAUACUCCCAUUUACCAUCGGGGUAUACAACCUUGCCUCGUACCUAUAUUCGUUGGAUCCGAUCCUCGCCCUGAUAGGAUUGAGCGAGUACACGCCUUUCAACUUUUCCCGCGUACGAGAGCCCUACAUCCGCAGACUUCUCGCCCAACGAGCACUCGUGGUUCUGGCUGUCACUAUUCUCGCGGACGCCGCCCUCUGCGUCCUCUUCGUCCUCGUUCCCGGAAAGAGGCUGUGACGCCACAUGCGGGAAUAAAACGAAACGAGGAACGCGUGAGAUGCGGCGUUCUCCGCGCAAUAUCUCGAUCUCCUAUCCGAUAAUGAGCAUCUGGUUCCCAUGAAGCUUAGCUUAUCUAGCUGUCCGCUCUAAGAAGAAUCUCUGUUUUUCACGAAUGUCAUGAUGAGUAUGGAAAAUUUGGUCGGUUUUGAUGGGGAGCAACUUUCUCCCCAUAUCGAGGGGUACCAGGUACCAGGGCUAGUCCUUGAAUCGCGAGGACGAGGGGACCUAA